AUGGAAUUCGAAGCAGCAUCAUCACCUAUCCGUAUGCAGGGCGCUUUUGCAUCUCAUACACCUUGGACAAUAGGCGGCAAUGAGUUUUCUCGCCCAAGCAAUGCAACUGGCAAGUCAUUAUUUGGACCAAAGCUUAGCGUGGGGGUAAGAUCGGAGGCGAGAGGUUGUUUUGAGAAGGAGCGAAGAAAAGAGUCAUCUCCAACAUCAUUGCUGGUAGCGGACAUCACUCAAAAUUUUCACAUUGACAAAACUCCUCAGGUCCCAACACCGAGGCGUUCUCUGUUUCCUUUUGGGCCCAAUGCUCAGAAUGGAAGAGCAUUGCCAACAACUCCUGUAAUCCCAUCCUCAUCGCCCUGUCACGAAAAUAUGGACUUGUCUCCAUUACCUCAUAAGCCCGCUUUUUCCGCAUCAUUGAUGGUACCCUCGUCUCCAACAGAAGCCCGCACAAAGAACCAGUCCCGCUCUUUGAGUCGCACGAUGAGCUUGUGCUCAAGUCCACCUGGUCCCGAUCCUAUUUCCACUCCAACACCGGAUAUCCCGAGAAUGGAUCUUACUAAAAAACUUGAAGCCCCUGUUGAACGUAAGAAGUCAUCUAAUUUCACUAGACCUUCACUCCUGAAACAUAACAGUCGCAGUACUUCCUUCAAAGCUAUCAAUGCUAAAGCCCUUUCUGGUCUCUCGACAUCCAGUCUCUUCGGAAGAUCCCCUACAGUAUCCUCUGCUAAAUUGGAGGACUUGUUUGCUUCUUCUCCUCGCAAAUCUCCUGCGGUAUCCGCUACUAAGUUAGAUGACUUAUUUGCCUGUUCUCCUCGAAAAUCUCCCGCGGUAUCCUCUACUAAGUUAGAUGACUUAUUUGCUUGCUCUCCUCGAAAAUCUCCAACCGUAUCCUCUACCAAGUUAGAGGAUAUGUUUGCGUGUUCGCCUCCCCCAAGGAAACAGAAGGAAUUAAAUAAGAGGGAAUUAGGCGCGCCACUUUCACUGGUGUCUUCAAAGUCCAAGUCCAAGGGAUUUCCCAAAGAUGCCGGCCCUACAAAAACUAGUCUCGAUGGAUCUCCAAUUGCUCCACUUCACCGCCACAAGUUCCAGCGUCCCAGGGGAAAGAUCAGGAGGACCUUGAGUAUGUUUGAUAACCCCGAUGAUCUUAUGAAGCGGAAUGUCCGUACAAAGGGCACAGAGCUAUCGCCCAUCAAAGAUUCACCUGGCGAAAAAUCAAUUCUCCCCUGCUUCACUAGUAAGGAGGAUACUUUGAGGCGCAUUGAUAAAGCUACACUUUGCAAAGUUAUGGAUGGCCAGUACAAAGACGAGUACGAUGAACUCAUGGUCGUAGAUUGCCGUUUUGAGUAUGAGUAUGAAGGCGGCCACAUUUCAGGCGCUGUCAACGUUAAUUCAACAGAAGCUUUGGAAAAUAUGUUCUUCAAAAGACCCAGAACCGAGAAGUUGCUCAUCAUUUUCCAUUGUGAAUUUUCCGCCCAUCGUGCUCCUAGGAUGGCUCUUCAUCUUCGCAGUCGUGAUAGGCAGUUGAAUAUGCAGCGAUACCCCGCGCUCUACUACCCUGAUGUCUAUAUUCUUGAGGGCGGUUAUUGCUCGUUUUUUAACCAGUACCGUGUUCGAUGCGAGCCGGAGCAAUACGUUCAGAUGAAGGACUCUUCUCAUCUCCAGACAUGCGAAAGGGAAAUGGCCAAACUUCAACAGAAACGUGGAAAGAUCAGCCGGACUCAAAGCUUUACCUUUGGAGCUAAACAGGUCCUCGAUGGUAGCCCCAGUUUUGGAAAGCGCUCCUCUGGGGGUUGUUCCAGGGAUUCAGAAGGGCUGCUUUCAUUCAAUUCAAAAAGUCGUGGCGACCCUCGCCGGAUGGCAUCCUUUUAA